CGGGGCCUCGCGCCGCGCUGCCCUGUCGCCAUGGCGACGCGAGGGGCGCCCGCGCGCGCGCGGCAGGGAGAGCCCGGCGCGUCGCGACAGUCGCGAUAGGAGCGGGCUGUCCCGGCGCGGCGGGACUGUCACGAUAGGAGCGAGUAUCCCUGACGGCGGCGGUUUGCUCAGCCUGGUGGAGCUGUCGCGAUACAAGUGCGGGAUGGAGGCGGCCGGAGCGACGGAGGCGGCCGGAGCGAUCGACUUCGGCGCUCUGGAGAAAGAGCUGCGGGCGGCCGUGGCUGCCGACGAGAAGUACGAGAGGGAGAACAGCGCCAAGUUCCGGGCCGUGCACCAGAAGGUGGCAUCUUACGAGGAGUUCAGGGAUAUCGUGCUGGCAUCACACUUGAAGCCCCUAGAGAGAGAGGACAAAAUGGGUAGAAAAAGAAACGUGCUGUGGAAUCCUUGUGCAACCCGCGCUAAGGGCGAGCAGUCCAGCAACGUGGAAAUAGCCCAGGAACUAGAUCAACUGCCUGGAACCUCUGCCGAGUUUUACAGAGAUUGGCGCAGAUGCUUAAAAAGCGGAAAAGAAAAAUAUCAGCUUUUGCUUAAACUUGGAGGCAAGGCCUUGGGCAGGCUCUUUCAGGCUGACCUGGGUUUUGGCCUCCUGGGUGAAUUCCUUACCGUGCUGGCAGAGAAUGUCUGUCAUGAAGACAGAGAUGCCAUCCUGCAGAUCUUACAGAGCCUUUCCAGCACCAAGCGCUUUGGGUUGAACAUGGAUCUUCUCAGCGAGUCGGAGAAGGAGAGCGGCAGGGAUUUGUUUAGGAAGCUGCAGAGCAUGAGCAGAAAUUAUUGGACCGCUGGCCAUCUCAGUGGCCCAGCUGACUGCGAAGCAGAGAGAGAAGCGCACCUCAGAAGCACCAGUUUGCAAAAGGAAGCUGAGGAAAACAUAGUGAUGGAGCUAAUGAAACGUUAUCAAGUUGACUGAAGCAGCAGAAGCACAGUGGUUAUGUAGGAACAGUGCAAAAGGGGCUCCCAGGUCAGCUUUGUCAUCAGACACUGUGACAGAGACUUAUAGAUAAAUCAGACACCUUUGGAGUGUUGCUGAUUGCAUUUCCCUCUGUAGCUGGGAUUCACCGAGAGCAAUAACUCUGCACAAAUAAAGGUUAGUUACAGAGA